CACUAACAAAAAAAAAACAUUAGCUACAUGCCUACAUAUUCCGUGAAUAUAUUAAUGAUUUAGAAUCAACAUAUUGUGGCUCCGCUCAUGAUUCACUUAUUUUUUUCUUGUACCAGUUAGCGACAUCCUUUAUAUAUGGUGAAAAGAUGGAUCACGUAAAAUCAACAGAAAGAUACAUAUUACAAUGAAGCAUGUAUACCUCUAUAUUAAUUAUAUAGAAACAAAUAUAGAUUUAUACAUUUUUUUUUUUUUUGAUUAACCUGGAGGGACUUCCACCCCAGGAGCCAACCCCUCGGCGCGAGGCGGACCAUUUGGUACUAUGGGGAAUUAGAUACCCCAAUUGUCUGGCCAGCGUAUCGAACCCGCGUGUUCCGUAUUGGGGUUUUUUAUUUCCCCUCAAGACCAUCUGGGCCAGCUACGCUGGUUAAUUUAUACAUAUAUUGUACAGCCAAGUUUAUGUUGUUGAUAAAGAAACGAUCCGAACAUAUUAAUUUCUUGGGUGUUUAAAAAGUAUCAUCACAAUGCUUCCUCACAAUCAGAAGCAUUUGGAAUAAGCCUAAUUUUAAAAGUUUACAUUUUUUUGAUUUUAUGUUCUGCUCAUGAUAUAAUAAGCAAUGUUACAUAGUUCGUGAAGAAGCAUAUAUAAAAUUCAGUUUGAAAUAAAUCAUUUUUUUGUCUUUAUUGUGACGUUCACAUAGACUUGACAAACUCAAGCACUUUCUCUUGGAAAAUCCUUGAUGAUGAAGUAGAAGCCAUGAUGAUGAAUCAAACCAUAAUGGAAAGAGAGAUCUAGCUUUGUACACAUGGAGUUAUUUGGAUAACACAAUAGAAGCCACCUAUAACCAAUUACGCAAUGCCUUGGAGUCUUUCUGCUAUUAAGAUUGAUAGUUGCUGGAGGGAUAUAGACAAAAAAUUACCUAGAUAUGAUUCUGAGAAUGCUCCUUCACAACUGUCUUGAAAUUAAUGGUCACAAAUUUCUUAUUUAUAUGCUUCUUUUUGUGGCAAGCACUUACCUGUUUGUUUAAAUUUAUAAUUAUUAGCUGGGCGUGUUACAAAAAAAUAAAAUAAUAAUAAUAAUUAUUAGGUGGGCCCAAAUUCGAAUAGACUUGGCCUGAUUCUACUAGGUUGAGCUAGUCAUAUCUCAUUACCCACCUCACUGAAAGCGUUCUAUGUGCAGAAAAAGACUUCAGUUUGUUGCUUUGUUUCGGAAGUAUUUAAGAACCGGUUCUUAUUUUUUUUUUAGUUAAAAGUUAAAAAACGAUUUCUUAUAUUCUAGUAAGAACCUCAUCCUAAGAACCUCCAUUAAUCAUGCUCUAAGAGCAUAAUUAACCCGGGGUUCUUAGGAUGCGGUUCUUAGCGGAAGUUAAGAAACUGUUUCUUAACUUUUAACUAAAAAAGCUAAGAACCGGUUAUUAAAAUUAUUAUUUAAGAACCGGUUAUUAAAAUCCUUAUUUAAGAACCGGUUCUUAUAUUUUUUUAUUUAAAAGUUAAGAAACAGUUUUUUAACUUCCGCUAAGAAACUCAUUCUAAGAAUCCUAGGUUAAUUAUGGUCUAAGUAAAUUGGAGAAUUGACUACGUUAAAUGUGUUAGUGGGUUUCUUGUUUGUAUUAUUUUUGAGAAGGGUUUGUUGCACCAGAUUUUUAUUAUUAAAUACUAGAAAACUAGCUUUGCAAAUUAAUAUAUUAAUUAAUCUAAGCUAACCUAAGCUCCAAUCGAUGAAAAGAGAAGAAGCUUAAGCGAUCUCUUCUCUAGUAUAUAUAGCCAUCAUUUAAUAAACAUUGGUUCGACUAUAAUAUAACCCAUUUGAUACAUUUGAUAAAUCAAAUUCAAUACGCAUUCCAUCAAAAUAGACGAAUUAUAUACUACAAUUUGAACAUUUAUAAUGCACCUUUUUUUUUGUAACACGAACAUUUCUAAUGUAUUGUUUCUUUUUUUUCUUUCUUCAAAAUUGAAUAAUAUGAGUUAAGUUUCACUUUAACAAUACUUCACUUUGAUAUAAAAAUAAAUAAAUUAAUAAAUUAUUCUGCUUUAGAAUAACCGCAGUGCAUUUAGAAAGUAUUUUACUUUGAGAAAAUAAAGUAGAGCUGAAAAUGAUUUUACGUGCAUGAAAAAUACACACCAAAUUAGAUCGUCACCGUUAAUUAAGUCCAAAGUUUUAAAUCAGGACCGUCCAUUUAAUAAGAAAACCCUUAUAUAUACACAUCUACACAAACAUAGCUUCGUUUUGUGUCAACUUCAUAACAUUUUCUCUGAGAAAACUUCAACGUUUCUCAAGAAUGUUUGCUGAGUCUCUGAUUAGUUUCUCUCAGUUGAUCGCAGAAACCUUCAUUAUCGCCUCCCUCUCCGUCUUCUCUCUCCGUCUCUUCCUUAGACUUGCAUCCUUCCUCGUGAGCCGCCCUUGGCGCCGUUACCGUACAUUCACCGUUCACCGCCGCCGAAGAUGGAGGAAGAAAACGGCGGAACCGUACUGUCCCAUUUGUCUCCAAGACGCGGCGGAGGGAGAGAAGAUGAGGCGGUUAACGGCGUGCGGCCAUUGUUUCCACGCCGAGUGCAUCGAUCCGUGGCUGGAGAAACGGUCCACGUGUCCUCAGUGCAGAGCUCAGAUCCCGCCGGUGCCGCCGGAGUAUCCUCUGGUUGCGUUAUUUGUCCCUCCCGGCGUGAUAGAGUUGUUUACCAAGGAACCUUAGCUCUUUCGUUAUCAUUAUUCUUUAUAAUUAAUUAAAACUUAAACUGAGUUUUAAUACAGAAGUACAUGAUUACGUAAUCAGUAACCAAUGUAAUCUUUGUAUUUGUCGCACUCAUAAAAGAAAAAAAAGUUUUUCGAAUUUGGACCAUAUAUUAAAAUUGCAUAUGAAACAAGAAUUUAAAGUGCAGAAACAAACAAAAAUAUACAUUUUUUAAUAAGAUUUGUUUCCUAUUUUCUAGGACUUUCUAAGUAUUUCGAAUUCAUUAGAAAAAAAAAACAGCUAAUUUGCAAAUGUAUAAAUCAACAACAACUCUUCUGAAUUAUAAGUCCUUUAUAUAUAGCAUGAAUUAUUUCAAAUAAUAAAUACUGAGCUUACUUUUGAGCCUAAAUUUUAUCAUAAUAACCUAACCUUAACUUUAAGUUGAACUACUUUCAAAUUUGAACUUCAAAUAUCCAAAAUCUUAUAAAUAUGCUAUCAUACAUCACGUUUGAGCACCACAUGCAUAAAACAACGGCACAAUAUUCAAUCACACACUAUGUCACAACGGACACUACAAACACACAAUCAAAAGUUUUCUUUCUCCAAGGUCCAUUUCAUAAGACCGUGUUCCUCCUAUAUAACUCAGUUUCCUAUAUUACAUUUUAUAUUAUUUUAUGUACUAUUUUGCAAAGUUAUAAAGAAACAUUUCAAACAACUGCAUCUUCAAA